AUGGAUCACCACCUUCAAGUCACAGAUUCCCGUACGGGAAAGUCCUACAAGAUUCCGAUUGAAGGAGAUUAUAUACGAGCCGCAGAUAUUGGCCGCAUUGGCGCUCCAGAGAACAAGGCUGAUGUGGCUUCACUGAUAGCCGCUCGCCCACUUCACAUUCUUGACAAUGGCUUCCAAUAUACCGCAUGUAUGGAGUCAAGCAUCACCCAUAUUGACGGUCUGCGUGGCACCAUCCAGUAUAGAGAAUUUCCCAUCGAGGGCAUAUUUCGGCAAUACGUUUACGAAGAUGUAAUGCACCUCAUAAUCUGGGGUAGUAUACCCACACAACAACAAAAAGAUCAUGUUCGAGAGACGAUGGGCCAAGCGAUGAACCCGCCUCAGAGCGUUAAAGACGUAAUCUCAUCGUUCCCUCGUGACGCCGAGACCUUCCCCAUGAUUCUCGCCGGAAUGAGCGCAUUCGCCUCCACCGACAGCGUGAUCUGCAAGACCCGGCACCAGCAAAGCGCCAUGUUCCACGGGCACCUGGACGUCGCGGACGAAGCGCUCGCGCGGACAAUCGCGUACCUCGCGACGACCAUAUCGCUAAUCUACUGCCACAAGAACAGCAAGCCGUGGACGGCCCCCUCGCCGGACCGCUCGCUCCUCGGGAACCUGCUGCGCAUGAUGGGGAUCACGGACCCGCGCGUCGAGAAAUGCCUCGCGAAGCUGUGGAUCCUGUACGCGGACCACGAGAUGACGAACUCGACGGCGGCGGUGCUGCACGCGGGCUCGACGCUGAUCGACCCCGUGUCCGCCGUCACGGCGGGCAUCAUAUGCGGCUACGGCCCCCUGCACGGCGGCGCCAUCGACCUCGCGUACGAGGCGUUCCGGCACAUCGGCGCCCCCGAGCGCGUGCCGCCUUUCAUCGAGCGGAUUAAGGCGAAGGGCGGCCGCCUCUUCGGCUACGGACACCGCGUCUAUAAGACGCGCGACCCGCGCGUCGCGCUCAUCGAGGAGCUGCUCGAGGAGCACCGCGACGCUGUCGAGGCGAACCCGCUGCUGCGUGUUGCGAUGGCGAUCGAUCGCUACGCGAACCAGGAUCCGUAUUUCGUGGAGCGCGGGCUCAAGGCGAAUGCGGAUCUCAUGGGUUGCUUUCUGUAUACGGCUAUGGGCUUCGACACGGACAUGAUCAUCGCGAUUACCAUCCUCUCCCGGACUCCGGGCGCGUUGGCGCACUGGAGAGAAAGCCUGACGCAACCGGUGAAGCUUUGGCGGCCGCAGCAGAAGUAUGUGGCGCCGCUGGCAAACUAG